AUGGAUACGCUGCCCCAACCCAUUGAACAGGUCAAGUUCGAAACCCGCGGCCGCGUGGGAAUCAUCACCAUCAACCAGCCGCAGAAGCUCAACGCCCUGCGUCAAGACUACUUCUUUCACCUCUCACAGAUCCUCCGCCACAUCGACAGUCGGGACGACAUCUUCGUGACCGUCCUAACGGGUAAUGGACGCUUCUUCAGCGCCGGUGCGGAUGUCUCCGUUGCCGGCCAGAAUCAAGGCCCGCAAGAGGAGCAGUACCGCCAAUGGCUGCAGUCCUUCGCCGCUUAUAACCUCAACAUCACACAGGCGUUCUACUCCCAUCGCAAGAUCUUGGUGACGGCGCUGAAUGGGCCCGUCGUUGGCAUUGCCGCUGCGUUGGUAGCGCAUUCAGACUUUGUGUAUGCGGCUCCACACGCAUACCUGCUGUGCCCAUUCACAUCACUCGGUCUCGUUGCGGAAGGACUGGCCAGUCGCGUGUUGACGCAGAGACUGGGACUGGCAAGGGGACCCGAGGCGCUGUUGAUGAGUAAGAGAAUCACAUGCGAGGAGCUGGUGCAUUGCGGCUUCGUCAACAGGGUGUUUGAGACCAGACCGGAAGAUAGUGCCGGGUUUCUGCGACAGGUGCUCGAGGAAGUGGACUCUCGUCUAGGAGAGCACCUUGUCCCGGAUUCGUUGCUCAAGAUUAAGGGGUUGAUGAAGGGGCCCGAUAGGCAAUUGUACGAUGCUCUGGGUGCGCAGGAGGUGUUCUCUGGUUUGGAGGUUUUCAUGAAAGGUAUCCCUCAAGAACAGUUCAGGCAGAUUGCGACAGGAGCGAAGAGACAUAAGCUUUGA